AUGAAUAAUCCCUACAAACUGUGGCUGGCUGGCAAGGAAGAGCCUGGCCGAGGAAAUCUUAUCUCUAUUGAAGAUCCUGCAACUGGAGAGAUAUUUGCGCAAUGCCAUACUGCUUCCGAAGAAGAUGUCGAAGCUGCAGUGAGCAUUGCUCACUCGGUAUUCAAGUCUGGUAUUUGGUCUCGUGCUAGCCGACAUCACCGAGCAGAUGUGCUCGAAAAAUGCGCGACAAUGCUCUCAGAAUCUCUACCGGAGCUGAUUCAAUUGGAGACGAAACAAACAGGCCGAGCUAUCAAGGAGAUGAAUGCUCAAGUGCCUGCACUGGUGAAAUGGUUUAAAUACUAUGCGUCUCUGCUCCGGGUUGAAGAAAGGGCAGUGCUUCCAACCAGUGGAUCACUCCACAACUUCGUUGAUCGAGUUCCUUUAGGCGUUGUGGUACAAAUAACGCCAUUCAACCACCCCCUUCUUAUCGCUGUCAAGAAACUGGCCCCAGCUUUGGCAGCUGGAAAUAGCGUUAUUGUCAAGCCCAGUGAAUUAACACCCUUGACAACUUUAUUGCUAGGCAGAAUUCUUGGUAAAGCAGGAGUACCACCAGGAGUACUUCAUGUUUUACCUGGAUACGGUGCCACGACGGGAAAGGUACUGGUCUCUCAUCAAUUAAUUCGGAAAGUUGACAUUACUGGUGGCACAGCUGCCGGUAGGGCGAUUGGGGGUAUUGUGGGGGGCAACUUAGCCAAUUAUACCGCCGAGUUGGGUGGUAAGGCACCUUUGAUUGUUUUUCAACAUGCUGAUCUUGACGUUGCGGUGAACGGCAUCGCAUUCGGGAGUUACAUUGCAAGUGGACAAACCUGCAUCGCGAGCACAAGAAUUAUUGUGGAAAAUAAAGUUAUGAAUCAGGCCCUUGACAAGUUGAAGGCCAAAGUGGAAGGAAUUCGAAGUCGCAUAGGAGAUCCAAAAAACCUGGCUUCCAUGAUGGGACCUAUGAUAUCACAAAAGCAACUACAAAAUGUGGAAAGACUAGUUCAAGAAGCAAUUGCAGGCGGCAGUGCAAUACCGCUCACCGGAGCAAGAAGAAUGACAGGGAAAAGCUCACUUGAUGAAUUCGAUCUCUCCAAAGGGUACUUCUACGAACCCACGGUUCUGUUAUCUCAAGAUGGUGGAAAUGGUAUCACUAAAUCCAAGAUUUGGAAGGAAGAAGCAUUUGGACCUGUCAUUGUCGUCGUUGGAUUUGAUACCGAAGAGCAGGCAAUCAACCUAGCUAACGAUGCUGAAUUUGGACUGGGCGCUAGCAUCUGGACCAAAGACCUCUCACAAGCAUUUCGGGUGUCAGAGCAAAUCGAAGCAGGAAUUGUGUGGGUCAAUACACACCAUCGGAAUGACCCUAGCAGUCCCUGGGGAGGAAUAAAAGCGGCGAGCGGAGUUGGAAGCGAGAAUGGAGUUGAUGCAUUUAAUGCAUACACAACAGCCAAAAGCACCAUUAUCAAUUUUGCUACAGCUGAAGAGUCACUUGCAACGGAUGAUUGGUUUGGAAAUGAUACAAAUCGGGUUCGCUACGGAUGA